UUAUUUAGUUAUGCUGGACUAGAUCUCAACAGUGCUGCACGCCGUAAAGCCGCGACACGAGAAACGACAAGUCCCUUGAAAGCUUGGCUCAGUGAACACCGUAAAAACCCCUACCCAACCAAAGCCGAGAAAAUCAUGUUGGCCAUCAUCACCAAAAUGACUUUAACUCAAGUUUCUACGUGGUUUGCUAAUGCUCGAAGACGACUGAAGAAAGAGAAUAAGUUAUGUUGGGAUUCUGCUGAUGAUAAAGAUGAUGAU